AUGACUAAGGCAAGGCCUUCACUAGCUCCGUCGAUCUCGGCGGACGCUCUCUCCGCCUCUUCACUCUCUCCGCCGCCCGCAGCCCUGUCCUGCUUCUCGUCGGCAGGCCGCUUUCUGGCGACGGCCGCGGCCAGCGACAGCGAUGAAACCGGCGAGAGUCGCGCGCUUCGCAGCCGCGUGAAAGUGUGGCAGACUGCUGGCGGCGGUGAAUGUUUGGGGAGCGCGACCUCUGAGAGGGGCACCGCCCCGGGAGCUUCGUUUGCCACCAACUAUCAGCCCAGCUUCUCUGUUGAGUGGCAGCGCCAGUUCCUCGGACACAGUAUCACGUCUUUGCUCUUCGUUUCCGGCGCGGCUGCCUCCCAUGGAGCGUCGGAACGUCUGCUUAUUGGUACAGAUCGAGGGAUGGUGGCAGCCGCAGACGUGACGGCCUCGAGCAGCAAGCUGUUGUUCAGCACUUAUCUGGGAGACGCCGCGGAGUGCGCACACGCGAACGGCGCCGAAUCGGAUCUCGAUGUCACGAAGGGCUCGAAUGAUUUUCCUGUCCAUGGACUCGCCUGCGGCGCGGGCACCGGAGCCGGCAGCGGGAGCGUAGUCGCACUGGUCGGGGGACGGGAAGGCAGCGUGCUGGUGACCGUCGAUCCGGAGGAUGGAACAGUGGCGCAGCAAACGGAGCUUUCGAAGCCCUACAACAUCAUGGCUGCGCCGUCGGCAGCCGCAGGGGACUUGGUCGUCCUCGCUGCGCGGAGAGGCACGACUGAGUCGAGCUCGGCCUCCGCUGUCGUGCUUUACGAUGUGCAGCAGCAGGGACCAAGAGCAAAACUGGUUGGCGGGACGAGCGGAGGCGCGUGGACCGUGGCCCUCGAAAAGCGAGCGCAUUACGCGGCCGGAGUCUUUAGCGGAAGCGGGAAGGAGGAGCAGCAUGUGCAGCUGCUGGUGUGGAAGGUCCCCAGUCAGGAGGCGGCUGCAGACGAGCGAGCGAUUGGCAAAGGAAAGGCGAAGAAGCUGCAGCCGAUCUGCUCCGGGAGCCACUUCGAGCCACUGGUUCAAAUCAUCCUGCCAGUCAACAAACAGGGCGACUCCGACAACGAAGAUGAAUCGGCGAGCGAAGACGACUGCACCACUCCGGGUGCGCAACAGUUAGUCGUCACCCUAUCGCACCGCAACAAUGUUAUCGUGUGGGCACUUGGUAAGAAGCAAGGGGACGAGGGCGUAUUAUACUCUCUUACGAAGCUUACGCAAAUCGACUCUGUAUCCUUCCCGUGUGUUUCUCCUAAGGCGGCCCUCGCGACGCCGAUACUGGCGCGCGCUGCGGCGGCGCCUGGUAUUUGGUACUUCCAAGAGGUGGAAGAGAAUGGAGACGAAGAGUUUACCAGCCCCUCCAGCUCGGGCAAAAGGAAGCACCGACAAAGUGCGCGGCAAGAACAGUCCGCACAUACUUGGCAUCCAGUGCGUAUAGUGCGCGGACCCCACGCGGCACCUAUUUUCCAGUGUCUGAUGCUUCGUUGUACCUCGUCAUCUCGCUCCAGUCCCCAAGAAUCCUACCUGCCUCUUGUUCCCCGUGCGGGUGCGAGCAAGUUCGGUCUUGCAUGUGUCGAGGCUAUGAAACUGUCAGAGGUCCGCUCUGCAGUCAACGAGCCGCGAAAGAGGGGAGAGAAACACAGUGGCACGAUAGAAGAGGCGGAAGAGAAUGGUUCCGUUCCAUCCUUGCCCGCUGCCUCCUUCAAGAGGAAUAUCGCCGCUGUCACAAGUUCUGACGCGAGUGACGCAGAGGCUAGAACGGAUUCAGCAGACGGGGAGGGCAAGAAGAAGAAGAAGCAGUCGAAGGGAAUGGACCUGGUUGGGGCCGGGGCUCCCGGAGCAGAGCCCAGUAAUGUGGCUGUUAUCCUACGUCAAGCGCUGACUGCUUCUGAUGCGCGCCUCCUCGAAACCGUCUUGUCCUCCACUGCAAAGGACAAGAGAGAAGUUGCCGCAGCAGUUGGGUCGCUGACCGCGGUACAGGCUCUGGUGCUUCUUCAACACCUUGUGCAGCAGCAGCAGGCAAAUCCGGCUACUUCCAUCAUCAAGGGUGGAUGGAUCGAGGAAAUCGUUAAGCAGCAUGCCGUCGUGUUGGCGAACACAGAUGCAGGUCGCGAGCAGCUUGUCUUACUUCUUCUACAGGUUGAGGAACGACGGAGGUCCGAAGCGGCUCUCGUAAAGGUCAAGGGCCGACUCGAGUUGCUGCUUCAGCAGAUGCAACGAGUUCAGCGGCUGAGAGAAGAAAGAAGCAAAGAGGAAAAGGAAGCAAGGGAACCCCUUGUUGUGCACAAGGAAAGAAGUGCGUGA